GUUUUUCUGUUCAACUGAAUUUAGACUACACGGCGGUUUUAGAGUUACUUAAGGUUGAAACACUUGUCAUGUGCUUUUUCUCUUCUUAGUCCACGCUGGCUUACAGACGACAAGUGUUUUAGUUCUUGUCACACAAAAACAGAGUGAUGAAGCGAACAGAGAGAUAGAGAAAGAGAGAAGUAAUGAAAUGAAAGGGGUUUUGUCACUGAUUAGCAUUUUUCUGGUUCUCGCUUUGUCUGGGAGAUGCAGUGAUGUAUACAGCAGGAAUGAUUUCCCCAAGGGUUUCUCUUUCGGCUCCGCCACUUCUGCUUAUCAGUGGGAAGGAGCUGCUGGUGAAGAUGGCAAACAGCCUAGCGUCUGGGAUACUUUUCUUCACUCUCGUAACUUGGAUAAUGGAGACAUAGCAUGUGAUGGGUAUCACAAGUACAAGGAAGAUGUGCAACUGAUGGUGGAAACUGGCUUAGAAGCCUUCAGAUUCUCAAUCUCUUGGUCUAGGCUUAUACCGAAUGGAAGAGGUCCUGUUAACCCAAAGGGUCUUCAGUUCUACAAGAACUUCAUCCGAGAACUUGUAACAUAUGGAAUUGAACCACAUGUUACAUUGUUCCACUACGAUCAUCCUCAGUAUCUUGAGGAUGAAUAUGGAGGAUGGAUCAAUAGUAGAAUCAUCCAAGACUUUACUGCUUAUGCAGAUGUUUGCUUCAGAGAGUUUGGGAAUCACGUCAAAUUCUGGACCACUAUAAACGAGGCUAAUAUAUUCACUAUUGGAGGCUACAAUGAUGGUGUUACACCGCCUGGUCGUUGCUCCUCAUCACCGGGAAGAAACUGCUCAUCAGGGAACUCUUCCACUGAACAAUAUAUCGUAGGUCAUAACUUGCUUCUUGCACACGCCUCUGCUUCAAGACUAUAUAAGCAAAAGUAUAAGGAUAUGCAAGGAGGUUGCGUAGGGUUUAGCAUAUAUACAAUAGGGUUUACUCCUUCUACAAGCUCCAAGGAUGAUGAGAUUGCAGUUCAAAGAGCCAAAGAUUUCUUCUUCGGCUGGAUGCUUGGGCCUCUUAUAUUUGGAGACUAUCCUGAUGAAAUGAAAAGAACCGUUGGAUCAAGACUACCAGUUUUCUCUUUGGAAGAAUCAGAACAAGUUAAAGGCUCAUCUGACUUCAUAGGAAUAAUUCACUACCUUGCGGCUUCUGUCACAAGCAUUAAGUUCAAACCUUCUCUUUCAGGACAUCCGGAUUUUUACUCAGACAUUGGCGCAUCUAUGACUUACCUUGGGAAUUUUUCGGCUUUUGAGUAUGCUGUUUCUCCAUGGGCUAUGGAAGGUGUCUUGGAGUAUUUAAAGCAGAGCUAUGGGAAUCCUCCUGUCUACAUUCUUGAGAAUGGUAGACCGCUGAAGCAAGACCUGCAGCUGCAACAGGAGGAUAUACCGAGGAUUGACUAUUUACAUGCUUACAUUGGUGCUGUGCUUAAAUCCAUUAGGAAUGGAUCAGACACGAGAGGCUACUUUGUAUGGUCAUUUAUGGAUUUAUACGAGUUACUGAGAGGAUACGAGUUUAGUUUUGGACUAUACUCUGUCAAUUUCAGCGACCCUUAUCGCAAUAGAUCUCCUAAACUCUCUGCUUACUGGUACACGUCUUUUCUCAAGGGAAACACCACUUUUCUUGGUUAUCAAGCUACCAUGCGAUUGCAGAGUAACUUUUUUUCUUCAGUUUCGUCGUAGUAGUAAAUUUGUACUUACAUCUUUUGAUGAAUCUUGUCCCGUUAUGAGAGUUGUGCCGAAUACAUUUGUCCUCUUUAAGCUUUUCUAUAUCCCCUAUAUAUUAAA